AUGGAGUCGCUGACCCCAGAGGGCCGCGUGAUCUACGACACGCUCACCGCGGCCUCAGCGGUGCAGCAGGAGCAGAGGAAGAAGGACAUCGACGACUUGAUCACCAAGGCCGUCAACACCGCCGUGGAAUCGGCCGUGCGCUCCUCCAUCGACAAGGCGGUUAGCAACAUGCAGCUGUACGUCGAUGGAGUCGAGAACACGCUUCAGCAGCACAUCUCGGAGCUGCGGGAGCAAGUGGGUCUCGCCGCCCACCAGGACGAUCCGGAUCAGGUCGCCAGGACGCUUGGGGGCGACGCGGAGACCGGCCCGGAGGGGCGCCGUGUGACAUCAGCGACACGGAGGUCGGUUGUUGGGGCCGCUGGCCCUUACAUACCACCUCCGGCAAGAGGGAUGAGCGUGCUGAUUCACCACCGCGUGGACGCGUUCCUCGCGUGGAUUUCCCUAAAUUUGAUGGGGAAAAUCCACAGUUGUGGCAGAUUCGUUGAGGAAGUUGGUGAUGGCACGAACACAUUGAAUUCGUCAGUCAUUACCACAGCUCGCCGAGCCCCUACUACUGCCCCUGUUUAUGGCCGUCCUCUGGAUGAUCGUUUGCAGACUCGAUCGACAGAAAUGUCCAGGACAACGGACGACAAAAUUGCAGCUCUCAGAAAUUAUCGUCGUGCUAAGAAUCUGUGCUUUACAUGUGGUGAGAAAUACUCACGUGAGCACAAGUGUCAGUCCACUGUCCAGUUGCAUGUGGUGCAGGAGAUGGUGGAAUUUUUCCAGCAGCCAGAAACUUAUCAGUGGGAGGGUGUCGAUUCAGUGACAGAUAUGGAAUUGAUGCAAUUGGCUGAUGUGUCCUUCACCGAAGAACCUCCUGAGCAGUCUAUUGUGCUCCACUGCACUGUUCAAGGGCAUCCGGCUGUGUUUCUGUUGGAUUCUGGUAGCAACAAUUCGUUUGUGAAUGCAUCUCUGGCUGCCAAACUGUGUGGGCAUGUUUCCUUACCUAUUCCUCGUCGGGUUAAAGUUGCUGGUGGUGGCAUCCUUACUUGCAACACAUAUAUUCCUCAGUGUGAAUGGACAUGUGACAAGUUAUCCUUCACCUCUAGUUUCAAAAUUUUGCCACUCAAGAGUUAUGAUGGAAUCGUGGGUAUGGACUGGCUGUCUUCCCACAGUCCUCAGUUGAUCGAUUGGCAACAGAAAUGGAUUGCAUUUCAGCACAAAGGAGCAUGGGUGUGUCUGCAAGGAAAUCCAGCUGAACCCUUUGCUUGCACCGUGAUCGAAUUAUAUGUAGUUCAAGCUGCUGACAGUGUCAAGACUCCUAUGCCUCCGGAAGUUCAGUCUAUUCUAGACACAUUUGCUUCCAUCUUUGCUGAACCUGACGGACUACCACCACACAGAGCGGUAUCUCACUCUAUUCCCGUAAUAGAAGGAGCUCGUCCUGUCCAAAUCAGACCAUACCGUCUGGCCCCUGAACUCAAGAAUGAAGUGGAGAAACAGAUUGCAGAAAUGCUGCAGUCAAGUGUAAUUCGUCCUAGUGCCAGCAAUUUUGCUUCACCACUGAUCAUGGUCAAGAAAAAGGAUCAGACAUGGCGACCUUGCAUUGAUUUUCGUCACCUGAAUGCUUUAACAGUUAAGAGAAAAUAUCCCAUGCAUGUUAUUGAUGAGCUCUUGGAUGAAUUGCAUGGAGCUUGCUGGUUCUCCAAGCUGGAUCUGCGAGCUGGCUAUCACCAGAUCAGACUGACUGAAGGAGAUGAACAUAAAACAGCAUUCCAUACACAUCAUGGCCACUAUGAGUUUACUGUCAUGGCAUUCGGAUUAACUGGUGCACCAGCAACUUUCCAAGCCGAAAUGAAUAGGACUCUAGCUUCAGUACUUCGCAAAUAUGCUGUCGUGUUUUUCGAUGACAUCUUGGUAUACAAUACUAAUUAUCAGGAGCAUCUACAACACCUCAGCUCGGUACUACAGCUAUUGCAGGAUAACCAAUGGAGGGUCAAGAUAUCGAAGUGCUUGUUUGCACAGCCAAGCAUACACUAUCUGGGACAUGUGAUCUCAGCCUCGGGAGUGGCCACUGAUGAAGAAAAAAUUGCAACAGUCAAGGAGUGGCCUACACCUAUGGAUGUUAAGCAGCUUCGCAGCUUCUUGGGCCUGGCCGGUUAUUAUCGGAAAUUUGUGCAAGGCUAUGGAUCUAUUAGCCAGCCAUUGAUAGCUCUUCUCAGGAAAAACACUCCUUUCGUGUGGACUACUGACACUGAAUUGGCAUUUCAGUCAUUGAAGAAAGCUCUCAUCGCAGCACCUGUCUUGGCGUUACCAGACUUCUCUGUUGUGUUUGUUGUGGAGACUGACGCUUGCGACACUGGCAUUGGAGCUGUGCUCAUGCAGAAGGAUCAUCCUCUGGCAUUUCAUAAGGUUUUGUCCAAGCUGAUGGGCAUGCAAUACAGAAUUGUGUAUAAAAAAGGUUUGGAAAACAAAGUUGCAGAUGCCCUAUCACGAAGGCCACACCCUGAACUGGAUGUGCAUGCCAUUUCUUGCAGUCAGCCAGCUUGGAUUGUAGCAGUUCUUGACGCUUACCAACAGGAUGCUCAAGCUAAAGCUCUCCUACAACGCUUGUCUAUCGCCAAGGAAGUCGAUGAUCAGUUUUCCUUGCAUGGGGGUAUUAUCAGGAAACAAGGGAGAAUAUGGCUUCCUUCUGAUUCAGCAGUGCAAGAGCAACUAAUUAGGGAAUUCCAUGCUAGCCCUAUGGGAGGACACUCUGGCAUUCCAGUUACCCUACGGCGAUUGAAACAAUUAUUUGUGUGGAAAGGGAUGGCAACGUCAGUUCAUCAAUUCGUGAAGUCUUGUUAUGUUUGCCAACAAGCAAAGGCUGAUCGCUCCAAGUAUUCAGGCCUUCUGCAGCCAUUACCAGUGCCUAAUUCUGCAUUCCAGGUAGUUUCCAUGGAUUUCAUCGAAGGACUACCUCGAUCAGGUCGCUUUAACUGCAUUAUGGUUGUGGUUGAUAAGUUCAGUCGUUUUGCUCAUUUCAUCCCUCUAGCGCACCCCUUUUCGGCUGCCACUGUUGCUUCUGCGUUCAUGGAUAAUAUUACAAGUUGCAUAGUGCUCCAGAGCAAAUCAUUUCUGACAGAGACAGAGUUUUUACCAGUGCCUUUUGGCAGCAGCUGUUUGCUCUGA